CGCGAAGAGAACACCUCUGUAGAGCUCUCAGCCAAUCAGCAGCCACCUGCCUCCUUUGGACCCCGCCCACCAGCCUAUAUUAAAGGCUCGGCCGUCAGCAGCAUUGGCCACUGGCACAAUAUAAACCUGAUUGAUCCACUAUCCGAGGAGAGGGAUUUACUUUAUUCAAGCUUUCAUUUUUAGCCGUCCUUUAUUUUAUUCUACUAAAACAAUGGCAGACACAAAAGUGGACUCCGGCUCGGAUAUCUCUGCCAAGGACCUGAAGGAGAAGAAGCUCCUGGAGGAGAAGGAGAACGGCAAAGACGCCGCCACCAACGGAAAGGAGAAUGAGGAGAACGGCGAGCCCGAGGUAGAUGAUGAAGAUGAUGAUGAAGUGGAUGAGGAGGACGAGGAAGAUGAUGUAGAAGGCGAUGAGGAAGACGAGGAGGACGAUGACGAUGAAAUCGAGGGAGGCACAAAACGGGCAGCUGAGGAUGACGAUGACGACGACGAGGACGACGUCGAAACCAAGAAGCAGAAAACCGACGACGACGAUUGAUGUGUUUCCUUCGCUCGGGACAUCCUGCUGAACCACUUCCUGCUUCUUCACCUGCGACCGUUUUUCAUUCGUCGCCGGUGGAGGGGCGGGACGACUGAUUUAAAAGGAAAGAAAAAUAAUAAUAAAGUCAAAAAAAAAAAAUCCAA